AACAAGAAAUCCCAUAAAAGCACUUAACCCACACUUUUCUAAAAACCCUAACGUACGUUUUCUUUGCUUUGAAUCCUUUAUUUUCCUUUUCGCUAUUCUCUGUUCGUUCCGAAAAAAUCACAAGAGUUCGAAUUCUGAAAGGAUUUCUCUGCGUUUUCACAACUCAGGUUUGCUUCUUCUUUGCACCCCAAAAACUUAGAAUACCUAUUUUAGGAUUCCCCCUCUUCUAUGAUGGAUUAUCUGCGAGAGUCUAUGUUUUGUGUGAUUAUAUCGAUCUUGGUGAAGUUUCAUGCGAUUCCCUACUGCGAAUUAGUGGUUUUGAUUUUAGGGUUCCUUUCAAUUUAUUUAUUAGGGUUUUUGGAAGGAUUCGCGAUACGCUAAUUUGGGGAUUUAGGGUUGUCGCGAUUAACGUGGCAGAACAAGGUUUAAUUAUUGGUCUUUCUCCCAACUCUGUUAUGGGUUUUGUCGUUGACGGACCGGGAUCGAGUCGUUCUGCCUUUAUCUUUUUCCGUGUUCAUCGUUUGCUUUAUAGUUAUAGGUAUUUGUAAGUUUGGUUAUGGAAAAUUUGGGAUGGAAAAGUGUUAGGUUUUUUUAUGGGAAAAUUAUUCCGUGGCUUGUUGUUUAUCGAUGAGUUAAUGGAAGAAAGCAUGAGCUAUGGAGGAUUUUAUUGAUGGGAUUCAUUUCUGAUUUGGGAUGUCAUUGGAAUGUUUGUUUUUUAGAGUAUUAUGGCUUUAAAACUGGCGAGGAGGACUGAACGAAUCAGUGGUACAACAUGUGUGUAUUGGCUAGCUGGGAGAUGCAAUAGAAAUCCAUGCAGGUUUUUGCACAGUGAAACCCCAUCGCCAUCAACUGUUUAUUAUAAUGACAAUACUGACUAUUCUUAUCCAAAGAAACCUAAGUAUAACUCGAAUACGGCAAUGGUUAGGAAGAGUGCAGAUGGCACAAAUGAGGUUUCUAAGAAGCCACCGGGGAAGACCCCUACGUAUAACUCCAAGGCAGUCUUGAUUAGGAAGAGUGGAGAUGGGACACAUGCCACUGAGGCUUCUCAGAAGCCACAUGUGAAGACCCCUGCGCAUAACACAAAGGAAGUGCUGAUUAUAAAGAGUGUAGAUGAUACAAGUGUGGCUCAGGCUUCUCAGAAGCCACCUCAGAAGACCCCGAACUAUGACUCAAAGGCUGAAUUGAUUAGAAAGAGUGAAGAUGGAGAUGGGACCAGCAUCCCGGAGGCUUCUCAGAAGCUGUCACGAAGUGUCUGUACGUACUGGAUGAAUGGAAAUUGUGUACACGGUGACCAGUGCUGUAAUUUACAUUCAUGGUUCUAUGGUGAUGGGAUUUCUGCACUAGCAAAGCUUCAUGAACACAAGAAGGUUGUCACUGGAAUUGCUCUUCCAGUUGGAUCAGACAAACUUUAUUCUGGCAGCACUGAUGGGACAGUUCGGAUGUGGGACUGCAAUUCUGGUCAAUGUGCUCACGUUAUAAAUCUCGGUGCCAAAGUUACCUCUUUGAUCACUGCGGGUCCAUGGGUUUUCGUUGGUAUCCGGAAUUCUAUAAAGGCUUGGAAUAUCCAGACUGCUUCAGAGUUCACUCUUGAUGGACCUAAUGGGCAAGUCCUUGCUAUGACUUUUGUCAAUGAUACACUUCUUGCCGGAGCAGAGGAUGGUGUAAUCUCUGCAUGGAGAUGCAGCUCUGAAAGUAAGACCCCCUUUGAACUGAUUGCAUCACUAAGAGGCCACACUGAAGCUGUGGUUUGUCUCUGUGUUGGUCGGAAUAUGCUCUACUCAGGGUCAAAGGACCAUAGCAUAAAGGUGUGGGACCUUGAUACAUUGCAGUGUGAAAGGACACUCAAUGGACAUACUGAGGUAGUCACAUCCCUUAUUUGUUGGGAGCAGUUUUUGUUAUCAAGUUCAUCCGACUGCACAAUUAAGGUUUGGGGUUUCACUAAGGAGGAAACUUUGGAAGUAAUAUAUACACACACACAGGAAAAUGGUGUUCUUGCACUUUGUGGGAGGAUUGAUGCAGAAGCCAAGCCCAUACUGUAUUGCUCUUGCAGAGACAAUUCAGUUCGCAUGUAUGAUUUGCCAUCAUUUUCAGAAAGGGGUAGGCUAUUUUCGCAAAAAGAUGUUCGGUCAUUACAGAUAGGUCCUGACGGGGUUGGGCUUUUCUUCACGGGAGAUGAAACCGGUUUGCUAACUGUCUGGAAAUGGUUGGAAGAGCCCAAGGUGCCAUGAGAAAUGCCCAUUUUUUCCCAUCAACUGGUCUCUUUUUUACAUCAAAUGCCCAGUUGCUGCGAGUGAUAUUUUGCAGGAGGCAGAACAAGAUUUAAUUCACUUUUUCCUGUACAGUGAGCAAUAGUGAUUGUAACAAAGAAGUAUAUAAUGAAUGAAAAUUUCCAAUUCCGAUGUUCUCUUUCUUCUGGUAGUUAGUUCAUUCUUACUAACGAAUGUUAUUGUCU